CAAUGCAAACAAGAUUCAUCUAAUUGUCAUUUCGUGACGUUUGGCCAAUCGUCUGAGCAUCAUUAGGUUGUAGAAAGAAUCGAGUUAUGGCAUGUGUUAUCUAUUGGAAAAUAUUAUAAUUUUGUGGACGAUCCUCUUGAGGUUAUGUAUGUACAGGUGCUUGACAUUUAGUGAUUGUAUUUCGAGGACCAAUGACAAUCAGAUGAAUAAAUAAAUAAUGGCUGACGUUCGACUACUGAUCCAGGAAGAGGGAAGAGCAGCGCGAAACCUGGUGGCUUUCAACGUUCCAAUGGGUACGACAACACCAGAGAGAGUGACACGAAAGCCCCCAAGUAUCCCCCGAGUUCCAAGCUCUUCGAUAAAAAGAGCAAUAAAGAGUACAACUCGAGUGCGAUCAGCAUCUACCGGACGUGACAAAAAAUCCGAACUUCAAGCCCGUUACUGGGCAUUUCUCUUCGGGAAUCUCCAGCGAGCAGUGGACGGUAUCUACCAGACAUGCGAGGAGGACGAGAACAUAUCGGAAUGCAAAGAAGUUAUUUUAGUUCUUGAAAACUACACAAGAGACUUCCACAACCUCAUAGAGUGGUUCAAAGUGAAAUGGGCCUACGAGAAUUCCCCUCCACCCCUGAGAAGAACCCCCCUCGCCUGGGAGGUGCGUAAGACCUCACCCUGUCGAAUGUGGAAUCCAAAAUGCUCGAGUCCAUCACAGAGGAUGAGUCCCACUUGCAGAAGUCCAGAAGACACGAUAAUGGAGAACAGAAUUUCUGGAGUGGAGAUAAAGAGAGAAGUUCUAAAUCCCUCGGAGCACAAACGAAUGAAGGACAAUAGAAACGUGUCGAGGAAGGAUCCCAACAAGCACAUGAAGGACAAGACUGGAAGCUGCAGCAGAGAUCCUGAGAAAUUCACAACCAGAGAAAAGUCUACACUCUCCAAAACAUCGGGCAGACCUCCACCGACCCCCAGAGCAAACACCAGUGUCUCAAUAACUCGAAAGAGUGACAUUAAUCACCGUGAUGCCAAAAAUAGUAUUAACAAGGAGAACAGGGAGAAUGCAGAUAUGAAGAACAGUAAUAUCGACUUGAGACGCCCCUCCAACAGCAUCUCUGAGAUGGAGAGGGUGAAGAACAAGGCGAAUGGUACAUUAUCUGAGAUACUUAGAUCAGAUAAUAACGAGCAAUCGAACAAAUACCCGUCGAAGGCAGGAUCGAGGGCAUCGAGGCCACCAUCAUCAUCAGCUCGUCCCAGUUAUUCAACUCUGACGAGAACCCCCAGAGCUACCAAUGCAUCGCAACACUUAGAAACUCCCAGGAUGGUGCGGAGUAAGACGACUUUGAGUGCUAGGGAGAUGUCGAGUGUCAAUAAGGCCCGCCCUGGAUCGUCCGUGAUGGUGAGAAGACGUCAGGGUGAAUUCAGAGCGAAUCCACAGCCCCAAGAGUCCCGUGAUAUCAGGGGCUCGGUGGAGGUGCUCACGAAGAGUUCAGCAAAAUCGAAGAGGUCUUCGGAAGACCCUGAUGGCUGGCAAACAGUAAGAUCCAGGUGUCGACGAGGCAGUUCUCAUAGUUUAAACAUGUCCACGAGAUUCCAUCGGCCGACGACAGCCACUUCCCUCCCAGCGCUGGCCAUCGAGAGUUCCAGCGAUCGAAACAAGAAGAGUUCAUAUGAAAUAACAAUCGACAAUAAAUCAGAGCAUGGAGAAAUUCUGGCAAUCGAUAUCGAAGUGGAAAAAGCCGACGCAAAAUGUAGAAGUCAAGCAAAUCCUCAGGAAGAUGACUUGACGAAGGGGAAUCUGCUGCCCCACGUCGGCGAUACAAACUCAACCUCGAUGAUAGCAGCUGUAUUUAAGAAUGAAGCUGAUCUGCUGGAGAAAAAAAUCCAGUUGUUCAUGGCGGCUCAGGCGGAGAGGGAGAGAAUAAUUCUCGAAGAGGAACGAAAGACAGAGGAGGCGGAUUCUCAGAGAUCUCAACAGCUUUCAGACGAGGAAGCGUCUUUACAGCGUCAAAUACAGGAGUUAGAGUCAACGGAAAUUGAUAUCGAUACAGAGACAGAUGAGACUGAUGGUGAGAUGGUGCUUGAGAUCGAGGAGCGUGAGGAGAUUCUCCAGGACGAAGCUAUCGAUGACAUCAGCUUGGAGGAUCGUUACGAAAAUAUGUUGGAGGGCAUGUCCUGGGCAGAACGGGUAGAUACUCUGGCCCAGUUGAAGGCCCUGGUGGCGCGACAUCCUGGGAGAGCUUUGGAGCUACACCAGAAGCUGUCGUCACCGUCUAGGAAGCGAUCGUUGCCAGAGGCUCUGAGGAGAUACCAAGCUAAACAGGCGUGUGCUGAACACAAACGCCAGAAGUUGCUGUUGGAGAAAUCACAACGGCUUAGGGAGCUGUUGAACAAAGUGGAGGAUGUCAAGAGAGCGAAGAAUCAGUUGACCGAGGAUAAACGAGUCCGAAUGGAGAUGAAGCUGAAGCGAGCUGAGGAGAAUAGAAGUCAACAUUUGUUGGAGGUUGUGAGGAAAGCACACGACGAGGACUCCAAAUUAAAGGAGAUAGCUUUCAUAAAUGAACUCGAGGCACAGAACAAACGUCACGAUUUCAUGGCUCUUUGUCAGGAGCAGGAGGAGCGACUUCAGGGGAUUCAAGAGGAGCGCCAGAGACGACAGGAAGAAAAAGCGGCGAAGGAGGCUGCCGCUGAAGAGCGGCGAAGGGCGUUGGAGGCUGAAAGACAACUGAGGAUUCAGAAGAUGAGGCAGGCUAGGAGGGAAAGGGAGGAGAGGGUGGGGAAGAUGCAACUGGAGAGGGAAAAGGAGCGUCAGGAGUUGGCCAGGGAGAAGGCGAGGGACAGAGAGGAGAGGCUGAGUGCUCUUCAUGCCGCUCAGCUGGCUAAUCAGGAGGAACUGCAGAAGAAAAUAGCUCAGAAGCAACAGGAGUCUGCUAGGAGGCACGUCGAGAAUAUCGAGCACAUCAGACAGAGGGCAGUCGAGUCUUCCAUUCUGCGGAAUGAAGAAAUACCCCCCACUUUGAAGUCAUAUCCAGCACCCAAGCAAUGCUCUCUGUGUGGCACCCAAAUACCAAAUGAACUGAGUCUACUGAGUCAUCUGAAGGGGAAAGGUCAUCUAGAGCUCGUGAGGAAGAUGCAUGACGGGAGGGAAGCGUCUAGGGAUGACCUCCAGAGGUUCAAUAUCACCCAAAUAAGAGAUAUGGCUAUCGGGGUGACUGUAGGGGACGAUAAAGCUGCUAAGGAGAGGCAGAAGGGGUUGAAGAGACGCUCUAGAAAGCUCAAGCAGAAGAUGACCGCUAGGGGACAGGAGUGGGAGAACUCUCAGGAGGAUUCUGGGCAAUUUGAGUCAAGUAAUAAAGCUAAAUUCAGGAGAAACUUAAAGGAGCUAGACAGGCUUGUCUGCAGUCAUUCGAAGAACAGUUGGGCUAAUGUGGCGGUGGCAGGCCUCGAACGCUGUGUGGGGGAAAUUGGGAGAGCCUUCAAUAAGAUCUGUCCUCAGGAUCCAGAGGUUUUUAAGGCACUCGGGGGCUUCGAGACUCUUACAAAUUUACUACAACUGGGGGUCAGUGUCCAGAGUAAUGUCCAGGGCUUACCCAAUAAGAGCAUUGUUUCGAUUUGCAGAGUCUACAAACUUGCUCUUAAUGAUCAUCCAGAUAGUAUUGAGGCCAUUGUACUUAGCAAUAAAAUUCUCGUGAUACUGGAUCUUCUUUUGCAGAGGUUUGAGGCGGUAGUGAUUUUGGAAGACUCAUUUCAAGCCCAGGAGACAUCAGCAACAACAAAUGGUAAUGGUAGCGUAACCACAGCAGUGCUGCAAUUGCUCUGCACUCUAAUCUCAGAAGUGCCGUUCGAUAAAGUCGCUCUACAGUCUCGCAUGAACGACAUCAUAGGAUUUCUCGUAACUGGAGGCUUAAUCGAUCGAAUAUCUCGUCACAAUCAGGCCCUCAUCGAGACAGAUUUCUUCCUAGAUAUGGAGCACGAGUCUCAGCUUCUUCUGGCCUCCUAUGACCUUCUGCACCGCCUCUGUAUCCAUUCCAAACGUACCCACGGGAAUUCCAAUUCCACUCACGACACAGAACAGACAACAGUAGAUUCGCACUUACUGGGCUGUCUCCAGUCAAGCGAAGCUGCUGGUAGUGUUGGCUGUCUCUAUGCAACAUUCGCACUGGCGCAUCAGAAGUGCUCUUCACCCACCCCUGGCCAGAGUCACUUUACAUCUUAUGGGAGGCUACUCGCUUUGCGGGGGCUCAAACUCCUGAGAACUAUAGGCCAUGUUGAUCUACAAACACUGCAGAAUUUAUUAGGCGCAGAAGGCACCAAUCUACAAUGGAGAUUAAUAGCAAGUCAUUUGAUCACAAGAUUCCAAAGAGAGCCCCUAGCCGAUUCCACGGACAGUCAAUCCGCCCAGACAUCACCAACAGCUAUCACGAUACUCUCCGAGCUCUUCAGUGUCCUUGGCUACUUCGCCGUCAAUAACAUCGACAAUCAGUUGGUUCUACAAACUGCGGGCGCUGGCCCAAGUGUACUUCAGCAUCUCUGUACAUUGCCCUUUCCCUUUUAUGGUGAUCCCAAACUAGCACCAUUUACCCUUCCAACACUACUUGCUGCUACGCACGAAAAUCCGGAGGCCACUGCUGUCCUAUCGUGCGAAAUGUCGUAUCAACUUCUGGAGGAAUACAAAAAAUCGGAAGAAGGCCAGCAGCAUCCACUAAUCCGUCUUCUGAAGGACUCAUCUUGUAAAUAAAUUCCAAUGCGUCUCCAGGCCAGGAGCAAGCUUGCCAAAUAAUGCACAUGUCAUAUCUCGAGAUAAUUCUUCAUCAUCGUUUCCUACAAUUGAUAUGAGUUACCGUCUGAAUGUGAUUUCUAUUUAACUUAUUUUUCACUGUUCUGUUUUAGCUUUUAUUAGUUUGUUUUUUUUUUUGUUAAAGAUCGGAGAUGAUUUGUAAAAGCGAAAUUAUCUCGGUAAGCUCACGGAAGUGUGAGUGUUUAUUAAAUCCUAAUUUAUUAAUAAUUUAAUCGAAUCGAUAGCACUAGUAAUUUUCAGCGCAACAAAAGUUGCAGCGUAUGGUGCAAUGUCCUGCCAAUGCAAUUUCUACCCGUAGUAUUAUUGAAUCAUACAUUCACUUAAUAAAAAUCAUGAUAAUUAUAACGACGUGAGGCCACGGUGAGAGUCAUAAAUGUCUUACUUGGCCCAAUUAUUCGCAGUUUUCACUCUAAUAACUCCGACGUUAUCAGGUGAGAUGUUCUUUUCUGAUGGAGUAAUGUCAUUUGGGUAUUAGAAAUCAUCGAUUUGUUCGUUCUUAGAUAUUUGCCCAUAUGUGGAUGCACUUUGGCAAAUUGAACGAAUAAUCAGAAAUAAGAAACUAUAAAUAUCUCAAUCUAGAAAUGACAAAUUUUUGUCGAGUCCAUGUAAUGUCCAUCUCAAUCAUGAAAUGAUAUUUUUGUAUGCAUAAGUAAUGAAUUAAUUAGGUAGUCAGUGAUUUCUUGAGAUUCGCGGAUUUAAUUUUAUAUAUUUUUGGAAUUAUUGGUCUUAUUUUUCGGCAAUUAUUUGUAUACGAAAAAGACUUUAUUUCCGUGGAAGUACUUCACAGCUUUAUGAAGAUUUCAAUUUCCCCUGGAAAUUGUUAUUUAUCUCUCCACAGCAGCUAAACCUAUCCAGUUCUGGAUUAUUAUCGGAGUAAAGUUCUCUGUCGCAACCGUGACUUAACAAUAGUGUAAACAAGAUAGAAAUAUUAAUAAAUACUAUUUAUACCCCCUUCUCUGUAAACACAGGGGUUUUCAAGAAAAUUGGAGAGACUAGUCAGCGAGGAGAACAAAUAAAUGUGCUUUUUCCCUAAAA